AUGACGGUGGUACAUAUUGUUCUCUUCAAGUUCCGUCCAGACGUCUCGGAGGAGCACAGGGAGACGUUCGUCCGCGAGCUCAAGACGCUCAAGUCCCUGCCGUGCGUCAAAGACCACCGCCUGAUCGUCGGCGGGCCCUCCGUCACGGAUCCCGCGGAGAGGAGCAAGGGAUACCACUUCGCCUUGCUGAGCUUCCACCAAGACCGCGGGGCGCUUGAGGAAUACCAGGCGAGUGCGGAGCAUCACAGGGUUACCAGUACCUACCUCUGGCCGUUCAAGGAGGAUGUCACGAGGUUUGACUUUGAGGUCGCAGAGGAGGACGAGUACAUGUGUCAGUUUGUAGCUAAGGGCCUGGCAGACGGGUCUGCCUAG